CGUAAGACAGGCAGUGAGAAAGUCGAUGGAAAAAAGAACCGCUUCCGUGUUGUUUUUUGGUUCUGCAUUUGUGAUGAAUAACAGCUGCGUAAGGUGAAAUAAGAUUGACUAAUCGCCGAUGAGUGGUCUAUAAUGGUUUUGUAAAACGAAUCAUAGCAACAGUGUAUUCGCAAAAAUGUCGUUGCAACAAGGAUCUAAGAAAAAGGACAAGCGCAUUUUGUCUGGUACCUGCCCGGAUCCGAAAUGCCAGGCGAGGCUGUUCUUCCCUGCUUACGGCUCGGUUAGUAUUGAGUGCACGGAAUGCGGUCAGCGUCACGAGCAGAGAAAUCUUUUAAAAGUGGAGGAAGUCACCGAUCCGGACGUUGUGCUUCACAAUUUGCUGAGAAAUGCUCUGCUUGGUGUAACCGGAGCCCCCAAAAAAGGAACGGAGUUAGUAAAAGUGAUGGGACUCUCCAACUACCAUUGCAAGCUGCUGUCUCCCGUUCUCACACGAUACGGGAUGGAUAAACAGACAGGUAAAGCCAAAUUAUUAGGAGAGAUGAAUCAAGGGGAAAUUUUCGAUUGCUCGCUAUUGGGGGACAGAGCCUUUCUGAUCGAGCAGGAACAUGUAUGUACUGUCGGCUAUGGCAAAGAUCGAUCAGGCAGUCUUACUUACCUGCACGACACAUUGGAGGAGGUGAAGAAAGCUAACUGGAAUAAAGAGUGUCUCAUUCCUGUUCAUGUGGAUGGAGAUGGACACUGCUUGGUCCAUGCUGUAUCUAGGGCACUUGUGGGGAGAGAGCUGUUUUGGCAUGCUUUAAGAGAAAAUUUGAAGCAGAAUUUCAAGCAAAACCUUGAUCGCUAUAAGGCUCUUUUUCAAGAUUUUAUAGAUGCAGCGGAAUGGGAGGACAUCAUAAAUGAAUGUGACCCUUUGUUUAUUCCACCAGAAGGGGUGCCAUUAGGACUGCGCAACAUUCACAUAUUUGGGUUGGCUAACGUGUUGCACCGGCCCAUAAUCUUACUAGACUCACUGAGUGGGAUGAGGAGCUCUGGGGAUUAUUCUGCAACAUUUCUACCAGGACUGGUGCCAGAGGAGAGGUGCAAGGGUAAAGACGGUCAGUUCAACAAGCCCAUAUGCAUUGCUUGGAGCAGCUCUGGACGCAACCACUACAUUCCCCUUGUUGGAAUAAAAAGCGCACCUCUACCUAAACUGCCAGCCAGGCUGCUCCCCAAGGCCUGGGGAGUACCACAGGAGCUCAUCAAGAAGUACAUUCACCUGGAGCAAGAUGGGAGCUGUGUCAUUGGCGGUGACCGAAGUUUGCAGGAUAAGUAUCUAAUGCGGCUAGUCGGUGCCAUGGAAGAGGUUUUUAUGGAAAAGCAUGGCAUUCACCCAUCUCUGGUGGCGGAUGUGCAUCAGUAUGUGUACAGAAGGACAGGUGUCAUUGGAGUUCAACCUGAAGAAGUUACCGAAGCAGCCAAAAAAUCAGUCCUGGAAAACCGCCUUCACCGCUGUUUGAUCUGCAGCGCGCUGUCCGAGCUUCAUGUGCCUCCUGAGUGGUUAGCACCUGGCGGUAAGUUCUACAACUUGGCCAAGUCCACUCACGGGCAACUCAGACCGGACAAAAACUACAGCUUCCCGCUGAACAAUGUUGUGUGCUCUUAUGACCCAGAGCGGGAUGUUCUGGUUCCUGAUUACAAGCUGAGCACUUUGAACACCUGCAACUGGUGCCACGGGACGUCUGUGCGUCAUGUCCGCGGCGAUGGUUCCGUUGUGUACCUGGACGGAGACCGAACCAACACCCGCUCUCAGGGGGGAAAGUGUGGUUGUGGGUUCAAACAUUUCUGGGAGGGAAAAGAGUAUGAGAAUCUGCCAGAGGCCUUCCCCAUCACUCUCGAGUGGGGCGGGAGAGUGGUUAGGGAGACGGUCUACUGGUUCCAGUUUGAGACUGACACCAGCCUGAACAGCAAUGUUUACGAUGUAGCCAUGAAGCUGGUCACCAAGCAUUUCCCAGGGGAGUUUGGGAGCGAGAUCCUUGUCCAGAAAGUAGUGAACACCAUUUUGCAUCACACCGCCAAGAAAAACCCGGAUGAGUACAACCCAGUGGCCAUCGAUGGUGCCCACGCUCAGAGGCCCGGUGACAUUGAAGAGGGACAAGCAUCCGUGGACGUGCAGCCCCCAACCAAAAUAAUAUUAACAGGACAGAAAGCAAAGACGCUGCACAAGGAGGAGCUUACCAUGAGCAAAGCGGAGAGGAGCCUGCAGCAGAGCAUCAGCGAGCAGGCCUCUGUGACCCAGAAGAAGAGGACUGACAGGCUUAAGCAGGAACAGAAGGGCCAGGGAAGGACUCCAUCUCAGGGGUCGCAGGAAGGGCCGUCCUCUGCCCCGGCCACUCCCACAAAAGCCCCCUACUCUCCCAAGUCCAGCACCGACAAGAAGAUCCGCGUCACCACCAGUGACGGGCGGCAGGCCAUGUUAACGCUCCAGGCUGACACCACCUUCUCUGAGCUUCAGAGGAGCAUAGCCAAAGAAUUUUCCGUGCCUCCUGGCCAGCAGUGCAUUCGCUACGGCUUCCCCCCAAAGGAACUCCUGCCACCCAAGGAGGACCAGGAGAACGAGCCCUUGCCACUGCAGCACGGGGACAGGGUGACCGUGGAGGUGGUCCGGGACCCCAAGGAGAAGGAUACCCCUACCCCGGCUGCCACCGCUGGCCUCCACUCAGUGAGGAGCGACGAGUUGGCCUCUGCCAGCAGAGUGACCUCCAGAGAGCUGCAGGAGAGCAUUGACCUUGAGAUGUCCUCCCUCUGCCUCCUGGCGACCUUAAUGGGGGAAGAUGUCUGGUCAUACGCAAAGAAGCUUCCUCACUUAUUCCAACAAGGCGGAGUCUUUUACAACAUCAUGAAGAAAGAUAUGGGACUGAUGGACGGCAAGCACUGCACCCUGCCUCACCUGGCCGGGAAGACGUUUGUGUACAACGCCGCGGAGGAGCGGCUGGAGCUGUGCGUGGACGCGGCGGGGCACUUCCCCGUGGGGCCCGACGUGGAGGAGCUGGUGAAGGAGGCGCUGGCCCAGCUGCGCGCCGAGGCUGCCGCCAGGAGCCGCGAGGGCAGCCCCUCCCACGGCCUCCUGCGGCUGGGGAGCGGGGGCGUGGUGCGCAAGAAGGAGCAGCUGCACAACGUCACCGCCUUCCAGGGCAAGGGCCACUCCCUGGGCGGGGCCCCCAGCGGCGGCUCCCCGCCGGAGCUCAAGCCCAUCUCCCGCAAGCACAGCAGCGGCGUGGACCUGAGCGCCAGCGUGUCCCGGCAGGCCGACCUCUCGGACAUCCCCGAGGACGCCGCCAAGGAGCUGGUGCGCAUGGCGCCGGGCUUCGUCACGCUGAAGGACGGCCGCCACCUGGACCCCGGCAUGAUCGAGGCCCAGAGGAAGAGGCUGCAGGAGAUGGUCUCCUCCAUCCAGGCCUCCAUGGACCGGCACCUGAGGGAGCAGAACCGGGGUCCCGCCGAGCCAGCCCCGCGCAGGCCCGACGCCCGGGGCCCGGCCGAGAGGACAGACGGGGCCAAGGCGAGCGCUCCGGAACCCACCCUGGGGCCCAGCGACCACGAACCCUCCGGCACGGGCAUGGACGUGUCUGCCGGCGGUGCUGACGCGGCAGCCGGCAAGCAGCCCGAAAAGAGCGCGGAGGAACUGGAGGAAAUGGAGAGCCAGGAUGCCGAGCUCGCCAUCGCCGCUGAACCAAUGGAUCAUUCCUGAUGGGAGAGGUGCAUCAAGCCUUUGUGUUUCACGUAGAGAAGGCACACUACUCAUUAUCUUCCUCCCCAAGGCAGCAUUACAUGGGAUCGCUGUAGUGUUGGGUUGCAUCAAAGCUUAAGGUUUCUGCUGUCUUUUUUGUCUUUAAUGCAUGACAUUGAAUUUAAAGAUUGAUAGUUCAUAUGAAUGUUUCUGCCUUACUGCUGCCCGGGUUAUCACUUGGUGAGAUUACUUGGGGACUUAUUGAAUUUGUGAAGCAAAGAAAAACGGCUAAAACACUUUAGCAAUUGUGCGUGUGGAUCCUCAUGUGGAAAUCAUUCUUUUAAAGAAAGCGUAUCGAGUCUUACAACCUAGCAAAAGAAGGAGUGGAGCUGACAAAGUGAGUCAGGAAAAGCAUUACCUAUCAUUUUCUAGUCAGCAGAAGUUGUUUUUGCACUAUACAAACUGUGACAACAUGAACACAUAGUCUGAUCAGACCAGGAUUUAUAUUGACAAAGAUUUAUCCCCACAGUACUUGUUAACAUAACAGUCCAGGAAAACAAAUGAUUUUAUUUCCAGUGGUUCUCUAUUUUGCAUGUUGUUUUCUUGCUGUUCUUUGUUACCACGAGGUAAUGGAAGGGCAAGAGAAUGGUGCUUAACAAACACUUAGUCUAAUGCCACCAGACAUUAGUCUCUUACUUUGAACUCAGUUUGCUGGAUAAAAAUGGGGACAAACAAGGUGCGAUUAUUUCAUCAUACUUCUGUAAAACCAGACCAGAUAGAUGCAGUGACAAUUUAUUAUGUAACCUAUUUCAUGAACCAAAGUAAGCUGUGUUGUUGAGAGUUUGUAUAGAGCACGAAUUACAGCGUGAAUUUAGCACCUGGCAGAGUACACCGUGAGGCUAAAGUGCACCUGAGAUUCUUUUCUGAAAAAAUAAACCCAGAGAAAGUGUUUGGUUGGACAUCGCAGCCUCACAAAGGCUAAUUACUUGGUAUAUUCUUGGAAAGUACAUGGCAUGUGCUUGAGUUAUGUUUUCUAAUUUGUAAUGAUUUCUAACACUCAUAUACACACACACACACACACACACACACACGAUUGUAAUGAGGAAAAAAAGUAAUCUUUAACGAAUAAAAAGAAUAGUGGUAAGGUUAAUCAGUGAACCAUUGUUUUUUUUUUCAGAGAAAUUCCAUAGGUGCACUUAAAUCUCUGUUUAGAGGUGUCAAAGAAUUGCAUUUCCAUUGUUACCAAACAGUAGCUGAAGCCUUUUGCAAGAAAUACUUUGAUCAAAAAUGCAAAUAUUUGAGUGAUGUAUGCAGUAUCUUGAGUUUUCUUUAUUAUUACAAUUAUUUUUAUUAUUGCAGCAAUAGAGAAAGGACUAAUUAUAAACCAAAUCACUUAAUACUGCUUUGGAAUGAAACCCAACUGAAUUGAAUCAGCGUGACGCUAACACAUUUAAAAAGAGGAAAAUGGCUUCUGAAAUCUGUGUGUGGGAAUGUACGUGUCAUCUGAAAGUAGAAGUGUGUGUAAUUUCUGUCCUUCCAUGGAUGGAUUUUAGUGUACAUUUGAAAUGGAAUGCAAGCUGGCAUUUUUACCAUGCGACAAUACAGAUUUGAAAAACACUUGAUCACUUCAGCAUAAUGAAUAGUUGCAGUGUUUUUAAUUUGAUUCCGUUAUUUUGCAGGCAACGACUCAGGUUUACAGGAGAAAGGAUGUGUGUGUGCGUCUCUGAAUAAUAGGAUAUAAAAUUCUCAGAUGGUUGGCAAAAUGGAGGUCUGGAUCAUUCAGUUAGUGGACGGUCAGCAGUACCCCUCAGACCUGUGGCAUCCCUUUAGAACUGAUGUUUACAACCUUGGGAUAAAUACCCACAUGCCAUCUUACCUGAUGGCAUAAAUGCUGCAGUUCCAGACAAGGAAAUUAAUAAAUUGGUGCCAACGUAAUGUAGUUAUUUACCCUUCUGGCACACUCUGUAGAUUUUUCCUGCUCCAUCAAACUUAAUUAGGAAAGAGCCUCUUGUGGUCUGUUUUUAAUUGUAAGUUUGCAGAAUGCUAAAAGGAAACUUCAGCUGAGUGCUCUGUGAAUCACAUACAGAGUCACAGUCACGGGCUUGGCUGGAGAGCACUUGGUCAGCUCUGCACUUGCAGUUGUGUAUAUCCCACAAUGCAUGUCUACAUACAACCCCAAUAGAAAUAACCCUUGACCCCAGUCAGAAGCCUCUUGCCAGUUGUGUGUCUGGGGUCAAAGGUCAGAUAGGUUUUCUUCUUGCUGGAUUUUUUUUUUUUCCUUGUUUUCUUUUGGAUUGCCUUAAAAUGUUUUGAUUUUUAUAGCAAUAUACAAAUGGUAAUUGUACCCUUUAUCCCUUUUCUUACCAUGUACUCAUUACCAGAUGGUAAUUUGCACCACAUUAUGCUUUGAGCUGGUAGAAGAAUGAUAACUUAGAUUUAGCAAAAGAUUUUAUGGUGAAAAUGUUAAUAGUGAAUGGUGAAGGAAUUAGUUCACAAAAGAAACAAGAUAACAAAAAGACGUUUUUGAGGAAACAUUUGGAUGUUUAGAACCAUUUUGUGCUUUGCUCAGCUCUUCCAUAUCCGUGUCUUGAACAGCAAGCAUUUUAAAGGAACUGUACUCCAAGACUGUAUUCAGUCCCUGGACUAUUGUUAUAUUUUUAAAAAGGUGCUUCAAAAUGCUUUGCCCCUACGUUCAGUUUAGAAGUAACAAUUUACCACAUUUAGUGGUGGUGCAUCCCAUCUACGAUGGUGGUCCAUCCAGUGCGAUUGGAGCAAUGUGUUCUUGAAGUACCUUAUAUCUGUUGCACUGAAUGCUCAUUUCAGUGCCAAUUUCUGUGCACAUGGUAAAAAGUAGGAACUCUUACUAAGCAGGUUGGACUGACCAAAAGACAAGUCCUUGAGUCCUGCACUGAAAUGAUGUUUGACCCUAAUGCAGAACUUAUUUUCCAUUUGAACUGCUUUAGCUCUGUAAACAUAGUGGCCACAGAGAGGUAAAGCUGUGCAGCCACUUAAUGGAUCUGGGACCAUUCUGGUUCGCCGAGUUUCUCUAACGUGAUAUCAUCAAGUACUGCCAUGUCAGUCUCUGGCCUUAUUUUUAUUUUCUUUUAUUUUUUUGAGUCUUACUUAGUCUAAGUGAAAGAAGCAUAAACGUGUUCUUGAGGUGGCCCAUUGAAUUCCUUGCCACCGUGUGGAAUGAAGCAGGUUUUCCGGUUUCAGGCCGCAUGUGACUGCAGCAGCUCCUGUCUCUUGACGUCAUAGCCAAAGUGACAAGACAGUAAAUGUUAAAGCUGUGACGUUAUCCAACUUAGCUGAAAAUCAAAAUACAGAGUGAAAAUUGAGCACUUUCAAAAGCAAGAGGGAAUGUUAGAAUAUGUAUAAAUGGUUUGUGUUAGUAUAUAUAUAGUUCUGUUCUCAAAAAUAGUAUAUAUUAUUGCCAGUCCAUGGAAAGAAGCAAAAAAGAGAUGGUGUACUUGCCUAUUCCCAACAACACUGGUUAUUUUCAACAAACCUGGGGUUUGGUUCCUUGUGACUGCUGUAUUAAUUAUACGUAUUGUAAGCCAGUGUAUUAUAAAAGUAUAUAUUGUACUAUACUUUGAUCUGUACAGAAAUUGAAGUUGUUUUGUUCCAUUUUUUUUAGUUAACAUUUCUUGUUUGCUAAUAAAACAACUGAAGUUGCUACGGCUUCAAUAUUGCUGUCCGCAUGCUUGACAAACUUUUCAAUCUCUCUGCAAUAAAGAAAUUGCUUCACAUUA